GCGUGAUAAGAACGUUCAAUUUAAAUGUUAAGAGCUCGACUGAUCAUUUUACUGCUGCUGCUGCUGCUGCUGCAGUUGGGCAUGACAGGUGCGCCUCCCGCUGGGGAGAGCUUGCGAGAGUUGCGUAAGCUGCUGAGACAACAGCAACAACAGCAACAGCAGCAACAACAGGAUGAGCAGCAGCUGCAAGUGCGGAAAUUCAACGAGGAUAUCAAUUUGUGGGCGCAGUCAUUGGAGCAAAUGGGUCUCAGCUUUGUAUCAUUCGUGGAGCAGUGUCGCCCACUCGGCACUCGGUGCACCCAGCGAACAGUGCAGCGUCAUCUGCGAACACUAAGACGCAGCUACAGCGAUCUCCACGCUCAGCUUGAAAUCUUGGAGAUCAGCUACGUGGGCAAGAUUAGCGAGGAGGAGAUAUUGACGCCCACAUUGCGAGCCGUGCGGGGAGUGCUGCAGCAAUACGAUCGCAUGCUGAGACUGAUAAAUGUUGAAGCAUAUAAAUUAGUCGAACAAUAGCAAUGUUAUCUUAUAAAAUACUACAGAUAAAUGAUUUAAGCACAACCAAACACUGAAGAGAUAGAGCGGUAUAUCUCUAGACUAUUUGGUAUAUCAUCAAUUUUGAGAAAUAAUUUGUUAGCUUUUAGAAUAAAUAUCUCAAUUUUAUUUA